CGUUCGCUUUCGUCUUGUCCGUCUCGUCUCUCUGCUCAUCCGCUCUGGUCCCUCAAAAGCGCCGCGCCCCGUCUCCCGUCAACCAGUGCUACGCCUGCGCCUGUGUCUGCCUGUGUCUGCCUGCCUCAAGGCUCGAGCCUAUCCCAAUUCCCCCCCGUGCAAGGAAGGACAAUCGCUCUCCCGUCUCCGUCUUCGUCUCCGUCUUCCGUUUCCUCCCUCCUCCCCCUUGCAUCCUCGGCCCCAACGACGAUUCUCUCUUCGCUCUUGCGUAUUCCUGUGAGAACACAGGAUCCUGUAGGCUUUGUCGACUCUUGUUCGCUUCGCCUCGUCCGCCAACUUGCUCGUCGCUCGUUCCUCUCCGUCGUCCGUCGCUCCUCGUCUCGUCCGAUCCCAGAGCCCCACCAUCCUCGUCGAGCUCCUCGCGCCGUAUCAGCCCAGAACCGGAACAACACCACAACACCACAACCUCCCCCAAAACACCCACCUCUGCUCAAUCACCAUGGGCCUCUUCUCUCGCAAAGAGAAGGCCCCGAAGGCCGAGCCCGCCAUCAACACCAACCAGUCCAAUGCCAGCAUCAACUCGCAUGCCUCGAGCCUGAAGUCGCCUCCCGGCGCCGGUGGGCGCAACCCGCUCAACCGCUCCUCGGCCGCCAGCACCUCGCCUGGAACUCCAUUGACGCCCAUGUCGCCUGUCAAGCUCCCCAAGAUCGACCUCCCACGCCCUCCGGACCCUCAACUGGACCCUUCCGGCUACCUGCGAAGUCUCGGCGCUGUGAGGGAGCGGAGCAAGAUCGUCACUGACAAGGCGUUUCGCAAUGAUCUGAAGCACUUCGACGUCGACAUGCAAAAGUUCCCCGACGUUGUUACUUUUGUUUCGGGUAUCAUCAAGAGAGAUUACGAUGCCCCCUUCACCAGUAUUCCUCCCCACGGAAGAUAUCAACACUUCGCCGUCGGCGGUCGAGAUCGUAUUGCGCAGCUCCUAUCAACCUGGCCCGACAACGUCGAUAACACCGAGCGAUGCCGUCGUCUAGUUGACCUGUUCCUCAUUAGCGUCUUGCUGGAUGCCGGAGCCGGCACCCAAUGGUCUUACAAGAGCAAUGAAAAUGGACGCAUAUACCGCCGAUCAGAGGGCAUUGCCGUGGCCAGCUUGGAAAUGUUCAAGGCUGGGUUAUUCUCCGGAAACCCCAGCAACAAGUUCCAGGUCGACAAGCAGGGUUUGAAGGCCCUGACUCUCGAGAAGCUUGGUGCCAGCCUCCAGUCGCGGCCCGGCAACGUAAUGGCCGGCCUCGAGGGCCGCACCGACAUGCUGGUCCGGUUAGGCAGUGCUCUCCAAGACAAGCCGGACUACUUUGGUGACGAUGGCCGACCCGGAGAAUUGAUCGACCAUCUCCUUGGCCAUCCCUCGACUCAGGCGUCCUCAGUGCUCAUCGUUCCUCUUCCCGUCCUCUGGAACGUCUUGAUGACUGGCCUCGCUCCCAUCUGGCCCCAAUCCCGAACUACCAUGAACGGCGUCUCCCUCGGCGAUGCUUGGCCUUGCCAGUCGAUGCCCCAGCCAGGCGCUUCAGCGAAAAUAUCCGCCUUCCCUAACAACUCCAAUGCCGCCGCAUGGGAGUCCAUUCUUCCUUUCCACAAGCUCACACAGUGGCUCACCUACUCGCUCAUGCAGCCAAUGCAGUCUCUACUGAAAAUGCACUUUGCUGGUACCGAGUUGCUCACAGGCUUGCCCGAGUACCGAAACGGUGGCCUCUUUGUGGACCUGGGCGUCCUUACGCUCAAGAAGGAUGAUUCGGAGCGCGGCCUUCAGCACUACGCCGACUGGUGCCGACGCACAGGCUCCAGUGGCGUCGAGGUUGCACCCAUGUUCGAGCCCAGUGACGACGUCGUCGUUGAGUGGAGAGGUGUUACAGUUGGUUUAUUGGACCGACUUGCUGCGGAUGUGAACAGAGCGCUCAAGGCGGACCUGGCUGGCCACGAGUUGACUCUGGCCCAGUUGUUGGAGGCGGGUAGCUGGAGAGGUGGCCGUGAAAUUGCCGAGAUCAACCGGCCUAAUACCAAGGAGCCCCCGAUUCUGAUUGAGAGCGACGGCACCGUAUUCUAAUGUUUAAACCCAGUAGAAAGGUGGUAGUAUUGUGGGGGCGUUGAAGCAAAGAGAGAAAUCAUGAUGCAACGCAACGUCAUCAGAAUAGAGAAAGGGUAAAGGGAAGGGGCAUGUGUGGGUUUUGGCGGAGGUGGCAGGACUUUUUUAUCUUCCUUGUGAAAACACCAUGAAGCAUUUCUAAAGACAUAUAUUCCUUAUGCCCCCGGGGCCCCCGUCGGGAAAAGGGGGGGCCUCAAAAGCAGCAAGGGCGGAAGGGGGCCCGCAUCUUAGGCUAGUUCUGAUAAUGGAGAGUGCAAGCAAGUCGUGGAAUGGAAGCAUGUAUUUGCGGUUUGGAUCAAUCAAUCGGAGUGGUCUAGGCUCAUCAUGGUGGUAUUUGCGGUACAAGUGGUGUCUAUGGUUCUUGAGAGUUGCGAUAUCUCUUUGUGGUCCAAUCAGAAGAGCCUCACAGGAACAUCCACCGUCAAGAUCAGAGUCGCAAGACGCAG